AGAAUUUCGGAAACGAUUGAAAGGCAAACACACGACGAUAUCAAGACAUACCGCAUUUUUUAAUUAUUUUAUUCUAGUGAAUAUUUUACUAUAAAUUAUUUUAUAUUAUGACUCUAACAAUUGUGAUUAUUUGUAACUAAAAGACAUUGUGAUAAAUUUGUGUGUAAGUUGAUUGAAAAACUCCGGUUAUUAAGAACGUACUAUCAGUGUAUAGCCAUAGAGGUACGCUGAACGAACGACCAACUAUUUGAGCGUCGGCUUAUGCGUGUGGCAAGCGUAUAAAACUAUCGCCGCUUGUGUGUGUGCAGACGCAUUGAUAUUUCCAGUGCCGGUGCAAUGCGUAAAACGCGUUCGCAAACUCAAGCUGAAGCCGCAAUGGCAAAUGCGGGGCGUGCAACCAGCAGCACACCUUCCGCUGUAUCAUCGACAGACAAUAACUCCCAACAAAGCAUAAGUGCAAGUGUUCGCAGUGCACCCACUGUCCAAGUGGCGACAGUGAGUGCCCAGAAGCGUGUUGUGUCGCAACAACAAUUAGAUCAUUUUAAAGUCAAGGAAUGUGAGGAAAUGGUAAAUUUGCUACGGGUAGUAGAGCUUCAGCAGAUACUAUCUUUUUUGAAUAUUUCCUUUGCUGGACGUAAAAGCGAUUUGCAACGACGUGUCAUAAAUCUUCUUCAUACAAACUACGAUUUAUUAUCACAUAAAAUACGUGAAGUUUACACAAAUUCGCUAACAGAACAACAGGCUCAACAAUACGGGCCAACAGAUCCGAAAAGAAUGUAUUCACACAUGCAAAUGCCGCCGGUGCAACCGAAUCCUGCAGCUGGUCUGCAAAAUACCGGUCAGCCUACCGCUGUCGGUGCACAACCCAUUGCAGGAGUACCGCCGUCAGGGCCUGGUGUUGCAAAUAAUAUGGUACCAUUUAUGAAUCCCAUUCCUACUCAUAUACCCAUACAUCCCGAUGUACGUUUAAAGAAGCUUGCUUUUUACGAUGUGCUGGGUGUGCUGAUUAAGCCGUCAUCGCUUGUGCCGCGCAAUACACAGCGUAUACAAGAGGUGCCCUUCUACUUUACAUUGACACCACAGCAAGCCACAGAAAUUGCAUCAAAUCGUGACAUACGGAACAGUAAUAAAAUUGAGCAUGCAAUACAGGUUCAGCUACGUUUUUGUCUAUUAGAAACUUCAUGCGAACAAGAGGAUUGCUUCCCGCCCAGUGUUAGUGUAAAAGUUAACAAUAAGCUGUGUCAACUGCCGAAUGUCAUUCCAACAAACAGACCGAAUGUUGAACCAAAACGACCACCGCGUCCCGUUAAUGUAACAGCUAACGUAAAGCUUUCGCCUACAGUAACCAAUACAAUCACUGUACAAUGGUGUCCGGAUUAUACGCGUGGCUACUGUAUUGCGGUAUACUUAGUAAAGAAGUUGACAUCGGCGCAAUUGUUGCAUCGCAUGAAAACCAAGGGCGUCAAACCAGCCGACUACACACGCGGUUUAAUCAAAGAGAAACUAACUGAGGAUGCAGAUUGUGAAAUCGCAACCACAAUGCUUAAAGUAUCACUUAAUUGCCCGUUGGGCAAGAUGAAAAUGUCCAUACCAUGUCGUGCAUCAACUUGUUCGCAUUUACAAUGUUUUGAUGCUAGUCUUUACCUGCAGAUGAAUGAGCGCAAGCCAACAUGGAAUUGCCCAGUGUGCGACAAGGCAGCCAUUUAUGAUAACCUAGUCAUUGAUGGCUAUUUUCAAGAGGUUCUCGCCUCUUCACUUCUCAAACCCGAUGACACUGAGAUACAAUUGCAUAAAGACGGCUCUUGGAGCACACAUAGUUUGCGGAAUGAGGCUCAAAUAAUUGAUACACCAACAAAGCCUGUAGAAAAGGUGGAAGUCAUUUCGGAUGAUAUUGAAGUCAUUACCACUGAGGAUGUUAAAAUGGUUAAAUCUGCAGCACCACCUGCCGUAGCUAAUGACCAACCAACAUCAACAACCAAUAGUGAAACGGUCGAUUUAACGCUCAGCGAUUCCGAUGAUGAUAUGCCCCUAGCUAAACGACGUCCUGCCAUUAAACAAAGUUCUGCCGCCAAUGCCGCAAAUUCUACGGUAUCCACAUCGAGCAUUAAUGGUAGCGGCAAUGGCAAUACUGCAGCAGGCAAUGGUGGCACAAACUCAAAUCAACGUAAUGCUUUUGCACAGCAACGAACUGAUGCUGAUACGACUAUAAUAUCACUAGACUCACCAUCCCCACCGAACAGCCCUGGACACUCCGAAAAAGAUACACAAUCUAAAAAGCCUGCGAAACUUCCAGAGGUAGAUUAUUUCAAGGGCAUCAGCUUACAAAGAUUGAGAAUGUAUAAGAAGGCUAAUUGGAGUAUGUGGCACAAAGGUCAGCGAAUAUACGUUAACAAAUUGGAAAACGGCAAUUUCGUAUUGAGGUGCCAGGGACAGAAGAAAGUCGUGUGUGUUUUAUAAAUAAACAUCAAAAGGAGUGUGGAAUGCCUUCGCGAGCACAAACAGAGGGUUUCUUGCAUCUGUGUAAUAAAGUUUUUAAAGCAACAUUAAGUUUAGAUAAGUACCUGGUAUGUAAAUGUUAAAAAGUAUUUAAAAAUUUAUGUUUGGCUUGACUUAAAUAUAUACAGUCAACCACAAAAUUCUACGUACAGACAUUUUUCGCAAUGUAUGCUAAGUCUUUUAGUUAAUUUAAUUUUGCUAAGUUUUUUUUCUUAAAUAUAGUUUAUACCUCAACAAAAGAAAUCUCUAAAAAUAUGAUCAGAAAGUUGAAAAUUUUUAUGCAAAUCUGUGGAAAAUAUCUCAGAGGUUUGCCAAAAUAGAAGAAAUUGUUUUUUUUUAUCUUUUGUUGUGUUAUGAACUGUACGGGGGCCGUUGUGGCUGAGUGGUUAGAACCGUAGGUUCUGGGUUCGAUCGCUGAUCCGGGAAAUAGCUUUUUCUGGCUCCGAGUGUACAUCUGCCAUUUAUCAUAAAAAUCCAUUAGCCGUUCGGAGGCAGCGUAAAAUUGUAGGUCCCUCCACUUUCGUAACAACAUAAAGAUGCACACCACAAAUACGAGGAGAAGCUCGGCCGAACACUUAGCUAAAGUGUAAGUGCCGGAAUAUUAUUACCAUUGUUAUUAUGAAUUAAAGAAUAGUAAAAACAAAUUAAAAUAAAAAACUUUGCACACAUAGUGUACAAUUCUCUGUAAGUAAACUAGUGGUUGACUGCAAAUAUAAAUGUGUAGAUUUUACAGUUAAUUAAAAAAUAUGACCGUAGAAUGUAAAUGCAAAUUUGGAACUGAAAAACAUAAAUGAAAAGAACUGGAAUUGCAUAACAAAAUACAUGAACGAAUGAAAGAAAUAAACGAUUUUACCGCAAAAAUA